CCAACCAUUUUGUCUGGCACAGUACUUGGCCCUGGGGGUACAAUGAAGAUCAAGUUCAAGAUCAAGGUGGUCCCUGCCCUAUGGUGCUUUUAUGGGGGAGAGUCAGCUCUAGGAGUCCAGAGUAUCAACUGGCAGACGGCCUUCAACCGACAAGCGCAUCACACAGACAAGUUCUCCAGCCAGGAGCUCAUCUUGCGGAGAGGCCAAAACUUCCAGGUCUUAAUGAUCAUGAACAAAGGCCUUGGCUCUAACGAAAGACUGGAGUUCAUUGUCUCCACAGGGCCUUACCCCUCAGAGUCGGCCAUGACGAAGGCUGUGUUUCCACUCUCCAAUGGUAGUAGCGGUGGCUGGAGUGCGGUGCUUCAGGCCAGCAAUGGCAAUACUCUGACUAUCAGCAUCUCCAGUCCUGCCAGCGCACCCAUAGGACGGUACACAAUGGCCCUCCAGAUCUUCUCCCAGGGCGGCAUCUCCACUGUGAAACUUGGGACGUUCAUACUGCUUUUUAACCCCUGGCUGAAUGUGGAUAGCGUCUUUAUGGGUAACCACGCUGAGAGAGAAGAGUAUGUUCAGGAAGAUGCCGGCAUCAUCUUUGUGGGAAGCACAAACCGAAUUGGCAUGAUUGGCUGGAACUUUGGACAGUUUGAAGAAGACAUUCUCAGCAUCUGCCUCUCAAUCUUGGAUAGGAGUCUGAAUUUCCGCCGUGACGCUGCUACUGAUGUGGCCCGCAGAAAUGACCCCAAAUACGUUGGCCGGGUGCUGAGUGCCAUGAUCAAUAGCAAUGAUGACAAUGGUGUGCUUGCUGGGAAUUGGAGCGGCACUUACACCGGUGGCCGGGACCCAAGGAACUGGAACGGCAGCGUGGAGAUCCUCAAAAAUUGGAAAAAAUCUGGCUUCAGCCCAGUCCGAUAUGGCCAGUGCUGGGUCUUUGCUGGGACCCUCAACACAGCGCUGCGGUCUUUGGGGAUUCCUUCCCGGGUGAUCACCAACUUCAACUCAGCUCAUGACACAGACCGAAAUCUCAGUGUGGAUGUGUACUACGACCCCAUGGGAAACCCCCUGGACAAGGGUAGUGAUAGCGUAUGGAAUUUCCAUGUCUGGAAUGAAGGCUGGUUUGUGAGGUCUGACCUGGGCCCCUCGUACGGUGGAUGGCAGGUGUUGGAUGCUACCCCGCAGGAAAGGAGCCAAGGGGUGUUCCAGUGCGGCCCCGCUUCGGUCAUUGGUGUUCGAGAAGGUGAUGUACAGCUGAACUUCGACAUGCCCUUUAUCUUCGCGGAGGUUAAUGCCGACCGCAUCACCUGGCUGUACGACGACACCACUGGCAAACCGUGGAAGAAUUCCGUGAACAGUCACACCAUUGGCAGGUACAUCAGCACCAAGGCGGUGGGCAGCAAUGCUCGCAUGGACGUCACGGACAAGUACAAGUACCCAGAAGGCUCUGACCAGGAAAGACAAGUGUUCCAAAAGGCUUUGGGGAAACUUAAACCCAAUGCGUCAUUUGGUGCAACGUCUUCAAUGGGUUUGGAAACAGAGGAACAGGAGCCCAGCAUCGUCGGGAAGUUGAAGGUCGCUGGCAUGCUGGCAGUAGGCAAAGAAGUCAACCUGGUCCUACUGCUCAAAAACCUGAGCAGGGAUACGAAGACAGCGACAGUGAACAUGACAGCCUGGACCAUCAUCUACAACGGCACGCUUGUACAUGAAGUGUGGAAGGACUCUGCCACAAUGUCCCUGGACCCUGAGGAAGAGGCAGAGCAUCCCAUAAAGAUCUCGUACGCUCAGUAUGAGAAGUACCUGAAGUCAGACAACAUGAUCCGGAUCACAGCGGUGUGCAAGGUCCCAGAUGAGUCUGAGGUGGUGGUGGAGCGGGACGUCAUCCUGGACAACCCCACCUUGACCCUGGAGGUACUGAACGAGGCUCGUGUGCGGAAGCCUGUGAACGUGCAGAUGCUCUUCUCCAAUCCACUGGAUGAGCCGGUGAGGGACUGCGUGCUGAUGGUGGAGGGAAGCGGCCUGCUGUUGGGUAACCUGAAGAUCGACGUGCCAACCCUACAGCCCAAGGAGCGGUCCCGGGUCCGUUUUGAGAUCCUGCCCACCCGGAGUGGCACCAAGCAACUGCUCGCCGACUUCUCCUGCAACAAGUUCCCUGCAAUCAAGGCCAUGUUGUCCAUCGAUGUAGCCGAAUGAAGGGCCCUGGUGGCCUCCCGUACAAACUUGGAUGACACGGAGCAGGGAGAGCUCACCAUGGAAUGAACCCCCCGCCCAUGCUGUCCAGCCUGGGAAACCCUAUCCAUCUCCCAAGGCUGCCAGACAUGGACCUCCAGGCUCCAGCACAUCCCCCUCUCCUCUCCCCCAGGUUGGGGCUGGGUCCACCCUGUCCUAUGACUUGAUCACUUUUGCACAUUCCCUGGCCGCUUCUCCCCAGGGCUGCCUGCUCUGUGAGCCCCACAGCCCUGCUCAUUCCUCACGCCCUUCAAUGCUGCAGGAUGGACUGGCCCCUGACCCAGGGACUCUCCAAACGGGAUACAAGAGAGAAGAUGGUCUAGACUGUUUGCUGAUCCCCAACCUGCACGGGGCAUUCCUGCUUCUCUCUCACGCCACCACAGAAGACAGGGGAUGGUUAGCCACCUGCCCCAGCACUCACACCCUAACUCAAAAUAAAUGUUAAAUAAGUGCGAUCACACA